AUGCAUGCUUCAUAUUUCUCAUACACCCUUAGCAGACCCUACCCGUAUGUAUGGUUCACUCCAGUUGUUCUUGUUGGGGGAUUGAUCGCAACGGCACUUAUCGCGUUUCUCAGCGUAGCGACUCAAGGCUACGAGACUAUUUCCAUGGCCACGGCAAAUCCUAACACGACCAGCGAAAAUCGUAAUCCUUUCUCAGACUGGCCUUCUUUUCUCACCGCAAACACAAAGUCCCUCUGCGCCACCACGACCAUUCCCAUCGGCACAGAGUUCUACACUAACAACACCGCCCUCAAAUAUACCGUCACCAAGAUCUGGCGUGGCGACAAUCCAAAGGAGCCAGAUACCCUUCCAGGAUCAUUGCCAUACCUCAACAACCCUUUCCAAUCAUGUGCAGUAAACGGUAUCACAAUUGAGUUUGAGGGCAUCGAUCGCAGUGCCUCCCAGAUAGCCCUUCAGCAAUGGGGUGCUAAGCUACGAGCUUCGCUAUCUUGUGAGGUAGACACAUCUGGCGGCACGACGACCGUGAACAUAACAACUACCUACGACGUCAACGGUAUCGAUAACGAUGGAAGCACAGCGUUCCCAGGACGGAAUGACACAGCCAAGGCGAGUCUGUGGUGGGGGGAGUCUCUUCUUGCUUGGUACUCAAUCGCCUUGACUAACGACAUGCACGUUGCCAACGAGAAGUUCUUCCGGGGGGAGAAUGACACAGACGUCCCUCCAAUCUACAAGGGUCAUAUCUCUUUCACGAAGAGAAAAGCUGUUGUCUCAUCGGUGCAGGAUAUCAAAGCGCUGUACUUUUUCCAAGUCAGUUGCUUCUUUGUCCCUUUCAGCAACAAUGGCGUUUCCCCCAAUGUUUAUUACUGCAGCCGUGAGAAAAUGAAAAACACACACUUGAUCGAGAAGCUCUCCAAAGCGGAUGAUAGCGACCAGUUGAUGCCUCUCCCUGAUAUUUGGAUCUCGGCAGAUAACCUGGCUAAAUCUUUUUUUUUCACGAUUCUCGCCGAUCUUGGGCAGACUGACUUUGGACCGAAUAUUCUGGAUAACAUUGAGCUUUUGACGCACUCCACCAAAGAGUAUGAAGUUAUCCGGAAUCGCACACCGAUCUGGGGUGAUAACCUCAGAGUCAACACAACAGAAGGAUUAGCUCAUCACGCAUUCAGCCCCAAAGACUCGUCCAGAAAGAACUUGGGAAUUCAGCCCUCUGUCAUCUCAACGACAUUUCUUUGCUAG